AUGAAUUUGCCUGUAUUAUGCAAAGAAUUGAAGUCAAACACUUUGCAAAGACUGGCGUUUCUGAUUGGGGCCAAACAGGACACAAAGAAGGCACUGAGGAUCAAGAACAUUCAAGAACGUUUCACUCUCUUCCACGCCCUAUCCCAGACUGUCCCAACCAACCAUGCCAAUGAGAUCACCAUCACGUCGGUGGAUACAGGGGUCGUCAACUGCGCCGUGGCGUCAAUGACUAUAGCGGCAGGUCCCGGCAGCUUGCCCCGCUUGAACUACUGGAAGAAAUGGAACCUCGAGAGCCAGUUUCUUGGCGUGGGCCAGUCCCUGACAUUGUCCCCACAGCUCACCUCGAUGGUCACGGGCGCCCUUGUGGCGCAACUCUUGCGAGACCCAGGUAUUGAGGGCACGACGUUGUUCACCAUCGAGAAACAGAGGGCGAGGACUGUGUCGUCCCGGGUCGUGUCGGACCCCAUCUUGAAGCUGAAUAUCGUGGAGCAUCUGCUGUAUGACAAGCUGGGUGGCCAUGGUGCGAUCGAGUCCUCGGACCCGGCGAGGAUGACAAAGUUCUGGAUACCGCAGGAACUACUGAAGCAAGAGCAAGAGGGGGCAAAGUUCAAUUCCAAACGGGCACGGAUGGAUUUGGUCAAAGCUAUGGUGUUUCAAGGCAACCCGGGAUUGUUGACACUUUCGGAUCCGAUUGACAAACAGAUUCAAGAGUACCAGACACCGUCCGGUGAAAGUAAAGGAAGCCGCCGUGGGAGAAUGCCUAGGUUGUUCGAUGCGCUACAAUUGCAAGAACCUAUGAAUGGGGCCAGAAAGGAUGAUGAUUUGGCAGAUUCGUUAUUACAUGCACUCGCUUGGUCGCAAUGGUACAAGACAUACAAUGAAUUGAAUCAAUUGUUGAUGAAAUCGCCACUACAUUCUCAAUUGGAUGAAUAUAUACAUAGAAAUUACGAACAAUGGCAAGGUUUGUUAAUGAAUCAAUUACAACAGAAGAUCAUCAAAAACUAA